AUGGAACCUCCACCAUCACCUCUACCGCCACCGCCACCACCUCCACCCCCAACAACAUCUCCAGACGAUGAGGAAAGGGAUCAGGAAGUGGAGAAAAUUGAAGAUACUGGCCAGAUUCCCGGGGUCAUUCUCCCGCAAUUGGAGGAGUUGGAGAAGCAAUUCUUCGAGCUUGUGGCGAGUGCUAACGUGACCGGAGUUCAAGAGUUCCUUGGUGCGAAUCGAGAGUUCAAGAUCAAUUCAGCAAACUUUCAGAACCUUUCGGCUCUGCAUAUUGCUGUCAAAGAGCGGGAUGUGGCGAUGGUCGAGCUACUUCUGUCUCGAGAUGAUAUUGAUUGCGGUGACACUGCUCUUCAUGCGAUUAGAGACAAUGAGCAGAAGAUUGCUAUGAUGAUUCUGGAUAAGAUGGAGAGUCAGGUGCCGGGGUCGCAGUUCACUGGGCCAAUUGAUAGCUCCGAGUUUCCGGAUGCUACUACGCCGAUGGAUGUGGCUGCCAGUUGUGGACAUUUUGAGAUGAUCAAGAUGCUGGCGGCCAGGGGACAUGUCAUCGAGGAACCACAUCCACCCAGCUGCUGCUGCGAUGAAAUUUGCAAACCAGAGAGAGAUAUUGAAGAUCCAUUAACACUCGACAAUAAGCGGUUGUAUCGUUACCGCGCUGUGGCAAAUCCAGCUUACAUCUGUCAUACCUCGCCCGAUCCAAUUCUGAAGGCCUUCCAGCUGUCAGUUGUCCUCGACAAAGCCGCCUCGUUUGAGCGUGAGCUUUAUAAAUCUUACAAGCAACUGUCCCAGGAAGUCGCUUACUUCGCUGCUGAGCUCAUUGGCUGUGCGAGGAAAGCGGAGGAGGUUGAGAUUGUACUUAAACAGCGGGGGGGAAAUGUACAAGCGAGGAAAUUCAUUUUUCCGAGACUGUUGUUUGCCGUUGAGUGCGAGCAGAAGCUGUUUGUUGCUCAUCCCAAUGUACAACAAGUAAUAGAAACUCGAUGGAUUGGCAACUGGUACGAGUGGAAGGCGAAAUCAGGUACUGCAAAAGUCUUCACAGUCCUUCAAAGGAUUCCCCUCCUCCCAAUCAUAGCCAUGUGGCUUCUGAUCGCACCGAACUCGAAAAUAGCGAAAAAGUGGCAAAUACCCGUGAAUCGAUACAUCUCCUCGGUGGCCAGUUACCUCAUUUUUCUCGUUUUCGUGUACCUUGAGGCGAAUGUCGAUAAGAAGAAUCAGCUUCGAGGGCCACCGAACAGUGGAUAUGAAGUUAUUAUUUGUUUUUAUGUUAUUUCAUAUGUUUGGGCGGCAAUUCGACUCUGCAUGACACAUGGGCCACGAAGAUAUUUCGGAGAACGUUGGAAUUUAUAUGAAGUUGGAAUGCUCGCUCUGUUCAUAUUGACGUUCGUCUUCUGGGCUCUAGCGGCUAUUGACGUCCGGAGAAAUGGCCAGAGGGACCUUGAGAGAAAAUACUGGCACAUGUUCGAUCCAACUCUAGUUGCAGAGGGUCUCUUCUGCAUUGCAACUAUCAUGGCAUUUUUCAAACUGCUCUUCGUGUGUCAACUCGAUUACAAUCUCGGGCCCCUUCAGAUGUCACUGGGAAAAAUGAUCAAGGAUGUCACUAAAUUCCUGUUCCUUUUUCUCAUAAUUAUUACGGCCUUUGCCGCAGGUCUUGCAAAAUUGUAUCAAUACUACGAUGGAAUGGUGCAGAUCGAUGAUGAGUCUAAAAUAAAAACCCAACAAGUGGCCUCGUUCGUGGAUUUCAGGUCAAGCUUGAGGACACUCUUCUGGGCAGUUUUUUGCAUGAGUGCUAUCGAGAGCGCUGACGUCAUAAUCGAGAAUCUACCUGGGGAGACGGAGUCUGAAACCAUUAUAAAUAAACAUUCAUUCACUGAGGGCAUUGGGUACUUCGCCUUCGCCGGUUUUGAGUUCAUGACAGUGAUAGUAGUCCUGAACAUGUUGAUAGCCUGCAUGUCAAACACAUUCACAGCCUUCACCGACAACGUAGACGUGGAAUGGACCUUUGGCAGAACCGAGGUCUACAUUGAUAUAAUGGCACAGAACGCCCUGCCGCCGCCUUUCAAUUUCCUCCCUACUGGGAGUGACCUCCGUUGGCUCGCUGAGUAUAUAAAGCUGUUAAUUAAACCGACUGAGACGAAGAAGGCGAAAUGGGAUCUCAAGCACUGCUGCUUCAUCGAAAACUUGAGCGAAGAUGAUGACGAAAAGUUUGGCGAAGUGAUGGGACACUUGGUGAUGCGUUAUUUCCGGAAGAAGGAGGCGGAAGUGGAGAAGAGUGACACUGAGGGUUUGAGAAAGGAUCUCAUGGAGCUCAAGAGUAUCCUCAAGGAUGCACUGUCAGCCCCAUGA